AUGCAAACGUUGGGCACCUUCAAGACACCUUCAGGAUAUACCCUACCAAGUAUCCACUCUUUUUCCGGGCUUUAUACUCAGCAGCCGAAUCCAACUACCGAAGCUUCGUCAUUCGAAGUGUGGUCAAAGCUUAUAACAUCAUACGGGCGAUUUAAGAACCUCUUCGUUCUUCGGGCUGAAGAUGCAACCAUUAAGGAUGGAUCAUGGGCAGAGAUAUUCAUCAACCCACGUAUCAAACGUGGUUUAACCGAGAGACAUUUGGAAUUGAUACUCUCACGACUGGUUUCCAACAAAUUGGCCGAAUUUGAACCCCCAAAUCAGACCAGGUCUGUGAUAGUCUACUGGAGAAAGCCGGAAGAAUGGGCGGAAGCAUUGCACGAUUGGGCGAAUCAAACCGGCCAGUUCAACACAAUUUUGACACUGUACGAGAUUCAGAACCCCGACAUCCCCUCAGCCUUUACGGACAUUCCUCUCCCGCUCCUCCGCCGUGCGAUCAACAUUCUAACCACUACUUCUCGGGCUCAGUUUAUAGAGGGUACUUCAGGUGGUCAUACGGGUACUGCGGUUCGAUUCUUUGCAGGGCACACAUGA